AUUUGCACGGUAGCGCUCUUCGAUAGAAAAUUAGGGUUUCGAAUUCGUCCCAAAAUCGUCGCAGGCAUCUUCCCUUUUCUCGAAAUUCCUUCCUUCUCGAUUUCGAUUCUUGAGAUUCGAGGCGAAAAUGGCGACGGCUUCAGUCUCCUUUAAAUCUCGAGAAGACCAUCGGAAACAACUCGAAUUGGAGGAAGCUCGUAAGGCUGGGCUGGCACCAGCUGAGGUCGAUGAAGAUGGAAAAGAGAUCAAUCCUCACAUACCUCAGUAUAUGUCAUCAGCUCCUUGGUACCUUAACGCUGAGAGACCGAGUUUGAAACAUCAAAGAAAAUGGAAAUCUGAUCCCAACUAUACCAAAGCGUGGUAUGACAGAGGUGCCAAGAUCUUCCAAGCUGACCGAUUUAGAAAAGGUGCUUGUGAAAAUUGUGGGGCCAUGACUCAUGACAAGAAGUCAUGCAUGGAGAGACCAAGGAAGCUGGGAGCUAAGUGGACAAACAUGCAUAUAGCUCCUGAUGAGAAGGUGGAGACAUUUGAGCUUGAUUAUGAUGGCAAACGUGAUCGUUGGAAUGGUUUUGAUGCCUCCACUUAUGCCCACGUAAUGGAGAGAUACGAAGCUAGGGAUGAAGCUAGAAGGAAAUAUCUGAAGGAGCAGCAACUGAAGAAACUCGAGGAGAGAAACAAAACCGAGAGUGGUGGUGAGGAUUCCAUUAGUGAUGAGGAUGAUGAUGAGGACGACCUAAAAGUUGACGAAGCCAAGGUUGAUGAAAGCAAACAGAUGGAUUUUGCAAAGGUUGAGAAACGUGUGCGCACCACUGGUGGUGGUAGUACUGGUACAGUCAGGAAUUUGCGUAUUCGGGAAGAUACUGCAAAAUAUCUUUUGAAUCUCGAUGUCAAUUCUGCUCAUUAUGACCCAAAAACACGGUCAAUGCGUGAGGAUCCGCUGCCAGAUAGCGAUCCAAAUGAGAAGUUCUAUGAAGGGGAUAACCAAUACAGAACGAGCGGACAAGCAAUGGAAUUCAAGCAACUAAACCUUCAUGCGUGGGAAGCCUUUGAAAAGGGUCAAGACAUUCACAUGCAAGCCGCUCCGUCCCAAGCUGAACUCUUAUUCAAAAACUACAAGGUAAUCAAAGAGAAGCUGAAAUCCAAAACAAAAGACACAAUAAUGGAAAAAUAUGGAAACGCAGCAUCCGAAGAGUCUCUUCCAAAGGAACUCCUUUUAGGACAAAGCGAGAGAGAGGUUGAGUACGACCGCGCUGGCAGAAUCAUCAAGGGACAAGAGAUGGCUCUUCCAAAGAGCAAAUAUGAAGAAGACGUGUAUAUAAAUAAUCAUACAACUGUUUGGGGUUCGUGGUGGAAGGAUCAUCAGUGGGGUUAUCUUUGCUGCAAGCAAUUGAUACGAAAUAGUUAUUGCACUGGUUCAGCUGGGAUUGAGGCCGCUGAAGCUGCAGCUGAUCUUAUGAAGGCAAAUAUUGCUCGUAAAGAGGCUACAGAAGAGAAAUUGGAGGAAAAGGAAGAGAAAAGGCUUGCUACAUGGGGAACUGAAGUUCCAGAUGAUUUGGUUCUUGAUGAGAAGUUACUGGCUGAGGCUUUGAAGAAGGAGGAGGCGAGGAAGAAGGAGGAGAGAGACGAAAGGAAGAGGAAGUAUAAUGUGAAGUGGAGUGAUGAGGUGACUGCUGAAGAUAUGGAAGCUUAUCGGAUGAAGAGGGUUCAUCAUGAUGAUCCUAUGAAGGAUUUCCUUCAUUGAUUCGAUUUUGGUGACAGGCACAAGGCUGAGGGUUGUAUGUGUGCAUAAGCUAUGAGUUUUGAUUUCUUUCAGGGAUUUGUUUAGUGUGUCACUUUACGUUGCUGCAUAUUUGCCGGGUUGUUCUGAUGAUGUACGUUAAGCUUGAACCGAUAACGAAAACGGUACCAUGAGUGUAUUAAUUUGUUCUGUUUAUGGAGAAGGUCGAGGUUCUAUCUA